AGUACAUCCAAAAUCUGAGUAGGAGAGAGAGAGAUAAUCCUCCUUUAAUUUAUCUAUUUAAAUCCAUUUCCAGUUUCCUCUUCCUUAGCUGACACCGAACAACAAAAUGGCCGGAAUUUUCACCGUCGGAAUGUUGCCGGACGACUGUCUUUCCGCCAUUCUCUCCCUCACAACUCCCGCCGACGUCGUGAAACUAUCCCUCAUCUCGUCGGAGUUCCGGUCAGUGGCGGAAUCCGACGUCGUUUGGGGAAGAUUUUUGCCUGAAAACUAUGCCCAGAUUAUCGCCGCCUCUGAUAUCUCCGACGAAGUCCCGUUUCGGUCGAAGAGAGAGAUUUUUUUCCGGCUCUGUUCUCCCAUCCUCAUCGACAGCGGUAAAACGAGCUUCGAGUUGGAUAAAUUUUCCGGGAAAAUCUGUUAUUUACUGUCAGCAAGGGAAUUGGGUAUCACAUGGAGCUCUGAUCCACUUUGUUGGAGCUGGAAACGGCAUCCACAAUCUAGAUUUUCAGAAGUGGCAGAGCUAAGAACAGUGAGCUGGCUGGAAAUCCAUGGAAGAAUAGGGAGACAGAAGCUGUCGCCAAACACAGAGUACGGAGCUUAUCUUAUAGUGAAGAUUACAGAGAGAGCGUAUGGGUUGGAUUUGAUGGCGGCGGAAGUUUCGGUGGCGGUGGGGAAUGGAGGGCGGAUUACAGAGGGCAGAGUAUGGCUGCAGCGGAAACAGAGGAAGGAGGAAGAUUUGGAGAGCUUGUUCUAUGGAAAUAGAAGGGAAAGGGUGAGGAAUCUAAUGGGAACAGAGGAAGAAGAAGAAAGCAAUGGAAUAAGGAGUUUGAAGGAGAGAGAUGACGGUUGGUUUGAGAUUGAAUUGGGAGUGUUCAUGAGUGGGGAAGAUGAUGAAGAUGUUCAUAUGAGUUUAAUGGAGAUUAGAGGCUUUCAGCUCAAAGCUGGAAUCAUCGUUGAAGGGAUUCAAAUUAGGCCUAAACUCAACAUCGAUUGAGUCAUGUAUAAUAAAGUCUAUAUCAUUUUUAAAACGUACCGGUUAGAGAGAUGUUUCCACAUCCUUAUGAAGAAUGCUUCAUUUCCCAUGGAGAUCGCCUUCAAAGUCCUCAACUUUGACAGGCACUCAUGGUGGCCGACCUCUCGUGUUCGACUGAUAUUGACAUUGAAACUAUUAAAUACAAAAUAAUUUGUAAAAUAUAUAGAUA